ACCAGGAAGCUUGAUUCUUAGCUGCUGUUGCGAAGGUUUGUCGGCUGUCAGUGCUGUGGGGUUUCUGGGAACUGCUCGCUGCGGAGGCACUGUACAGUCAACAUGACCAGCAGGAACAACAACAAGCUGCCCAACAACCUGCCGCAGUUACAGAAUCUGAUCAAGCGGGACCCAUCAGCCUACAUCGAGGAGUUUCUACAGCAGUAUAAUCAUUACAAAUCCAAUGUGGAGAUUUUCAAAUUACAACCAAAUAAACCCAGCAAGGAACUGGCGGAGCUGGUGAUGUUUAUGGCACAGAUUGGUCACUGCUACCCAGAACAUCUAAGUAAUUUUCCUCAAGAUCUGAAAGAUUUGCUCUCUUACAAUCACACUGUCUUGGAUCCAGAUCUUCGAAUGACAUUUUGCAAAGCUUUGAUCCUGCUGAGAAAUAAGAAUCUCAUCAAUCCAUCAAGUUUGCUAGAGCUCUUUUUUGAACUUCUGCGUUGCCAUGAUAAACUUCUGCGAAAGACUUUAUACACUCAUAUUGUGACUGAUAUCAAGAAUAUUAAUGCAAAACACAAGAACAAUAAAGUAAAUAUAGUAUUGCAGAAUUUCAUGUACACCAUGUUAAGAGACAGCAAUGCAACUGCAGCUAAGAUAUCUUUGGAUGUGAUGAUUGAACUUUACAAAAGAAACAUCUGGAAUGAUGCCAAAACUGUGAAUGUUAUCACAACUGCAUGUUUCUCCAAAGUCACCAAGAUAUUAGUUGCUGCUUUGACAUUCUUCCUAGGGAAAGAUGAAGAGGAGAAACAGGACAGUGACUCAGAAUCUGAAGAUGAAGGACCAACAGCAAGAGACCUGCUAGUGCAGUAUGCCACAGGAAAGAAAAGCUCCAAAAACAAGAAAAGGUUAGAAAAGGCUAUGAAAGUGCUCAAGAAACAAAAGAAGAAGAAAAAGCCAGAAGUGUUUAACUUUUCAGCUAUUCACUUGAUUCAUGAUCCCCAAGAUUUUGCAGAAAAACUACUAAAGCAACUAGAGAGCUCUAAGGAGAGGUUUGAAGUGAAGAUGAUGCUCAUGAACCUUAUCUCCAGAUUGGUGGGAAUUCAUGAGCUUUUUCUCUUUAACUUCUAUCCCUUUGUGCAAAGGUUUCUGCAGCCCCACCAAAGAGAAGUAACAAAGAUCCUCCUGUUUGCUGCACAAGCAUCUCAUCACCUGGUACCCCCAGAGAUCAUUCAGUCAUUGCUCAUGACUGUGGCCAACAAUUUUGUCACCGACAAGAACUCUGGUGAAGUCAUGACAGUAGGAAUCAAUGCUAUUAAAGAGAUAACAGCUCGAUGUCCUCUAGCCAUGAAUGAAGAACUUCUCCAAGACCUGGCCCAGUAUAAAACACACAAAGAUAAGAAUGUAAUGAUGUCUGCUAGAACUUUGAUUCAGCUCUUCCGAACACUAAAUCCUCAGAUGUUGCAGAAGAAAUUCCGGGGCAAGCCUACAGAAGCCUCGAUUGAAGCAAGAGUGCAAGAAUAUGGAGAAUUAGAUGCUAAAGAUUACAUUCCAGGAGCGGAAGUUCUAGAAAUUGAGAAAGAGGAAGAGAAUGCUGAAAACUAUGAAGAUGGGUGGGAAAGUGCCAGUCUCAGCGAGGAGGAGGAUACUGAUGGUGAAUGGGUGGAUGUGCACCACUCCUCUGAUGAAGAACAGCAAGAAUUAUCCAAGAAACUGAACAGCAUGCCCAUGGAAGAGCGGAAAGCCAAAGCUGCAGCCAUCAGCACUAGUCGGGUUUUAAGUCAGGAAGACUUCCAGAAAAUCCGCAUGGCCCAAAUGAGGAAAGAACUCAGUGCUGCCCCUGGGAAAGCUGAAAAGAGGAAAUAUAUCGAAAUAGACAGUGAUGAGGAGCCCAGGGGCGAAUUACUUUCACUUCGGGACAUUGAGCGCCUUCAUAAAAAGCCAAAGUCUGACAAGGAGACAAGACUAGCAACUGCAAUGGCUGGAAAGACAGACCGGAAAGAAUUUGUGAGGAAGAAAACCAAAAUGAAUCCAUUUGCCAGUUCCACAAAUAAAGAGAAGAAAAAACAGAAGAACUUUAUGAUGAUGCGGUAUAGCCAGAAUGUCCGGUCAAAAAAUAAACGUUCCUUCAGAGAAAAGCAGAUGGCAUUACGAGAUGCACUUUUGAAAAAGAGAAAAAGAAUGAAGUAACUACCAAGCAAGUUUUCCAUUACUAGGAAAAUGCUGUAUUUGUUCCGUUACUCUGAAAAUUAGUAAAUCAAGAAUGUUUGUUUACAUUAAGAAGUCCAGAAGUACUAUAUUUUGGAAACCACAGUAAACUUAGAAGCAAUUUGAUAUUUUUAUUUUUAUUUUAUGGUGGGAAUGUUUGAAAUGUAAACAGUAUGGUAUUGUAAAAUCGUUUCCAUUCAGCAUCCAUGCAAAAAAAAAUUGAGUGCCUACUGCAUAUUACUGUGGACAAAAAUGAAUGAGCCAUAACCUCUUCACUUGAGGUAUUCACAGCCUAGCGGGAGGCAGUGCAUAUGUGUGUGUUUAGAGUACAAUGUAAAUAGUUCUGUAUUAGAGAUAGGUACAUAUUUCUGUGGGGUCACAGAGGCCUUACAAACUAACUCUGUAGGGGAUAGGGUUUUAUAGUCUCUUAAAACAAAACAAAAAUGGACAAUGUUACAAGAGUAAGAGAUUCUUACUUGUAAAUAGGCUUACCUGCUAAAAACAGGUCCCUGCUGUACAGACUUUGGGUGGACGGUAUAGCUCUUUUAGACCAUCCAAAAUAUUGUUUUGAAUGUCAUGUAAGGACUUUUUGGUUAAGACCUCACUUUUUAAAAAUCGCCUUAACUAUAACUAGUAAUCUUGGAAUGUCUUUUCUUCAUCAUUUGCGCUGCCCAUUCUUCACAGAGGAAAGAAAAAUCAGAUUGGCUUCCUCAGUCUCCCUUUACCUGUAAUGUUUUCAGCCCUCUAUUUGCCUUUUUUCAGUAAAAUGGUUUCUUGGGUCGUGUGUGUUGACUGUGUGCCAUUCUCCCUUUCGUAGGCAUGCUUGGAUGGAUAUUAGGGGAUAUGAGAGUCAUUGUCUGUCUCUCACAAGUUACUGCAUUGGGAAAUAGUUUGGUGGCUUUUGCCUCAAAUUGGUGGGUGAGAAAAUUGCUGUUACUUCAAAUUAGAGUAAAAGGCCAUUUUCUGCACAGGAUUAGAAAGCAAUUUCUCUACCAGUUUUUUAGAAGUCCUGAAAUAGUGGUUUUAUCUCUGCCAUGUGUUUGUUUAUGAAAUCACUUUUCUUGUUCCCCCUUCCAAUAUCUUUUGUCACUUCCUGAGUUUAACUUUAGCUGUGUUUGAAUGAAACUUUGUGACUUUUCCCGAGAUGCCCCAGAUAACUGUUUUCAAGGAUUAGUUGUAAAGACCUUGAGAUUUAAUGGUUAAAUUGCACUGGCCUAGUCAGAGGAACUGUCAGAAUCAAUCUCUAUCAACUUGAGUGUUUUAGAGGAAGUGUCCAAUGCAGAUUUGAGUAUUUCAGACCUGAAACUGUGCUCCCCUUUCAAUUUGCAUUUUUAAAAUGGCUGUCUCCUCAUGUGUCUAGAUCCAGAGAGACUUGAAUAAAACUGAAAAUGGCAUAGCAGCUAGGGUACACAGCUUUUCUGUGCGAGUUGUGAUAGAACCUGGAAGUUUCGUCCUUCCCCUACAUUGCCCCACACCACUUAGAUGCCAAGAGGCCAAAGUCUGUUGUGAUGCCAAGAGGCCAAAGUCUAUUGUUUUCUGACUUCUUUUCUUACACCAUGGCUUCACCUGCUCUUAACUUGUCUGAGGUUUAUGUGAAAGAAAGAUUUCCCUUUAAAAAGAUAAAUUCUUACUCUAUUUUAUUUCUUGAAGUUAAUGGUGUCUAUUUCUGUCUGAUUUCUUUUAUUCUUUUUUCAGUCUUGUGAGUAUUUUCUGUUUACUAUAAACUUGAAGAUGAGAUCUUCACAAGGUUGGAUAUUGCCAGCAAAGGCUGAGACCUUGCAGGGUGAUCUUUACCUUGAAGAGAAUUGUGAGAAAUUUAUAAGCAUUUACCAUGUUAUCUGCUACAGAAUAAGCAUUCAGUAAAUUUCUCAUCAAAGGUUGGAUAUCUAUUAAGCUUUUAUUCUGUUUUUUUCUGUAAUUUACUUAGAGUGAAACAACAGUUAUAGUUCCACCAAAUAUUUGUUUUACACCUCAUCCAUUUUGGGGAGGAAAUGGGUAUGAAAUAUAAAAAUGUAUAUUGAAUGUCCACCAUGCGCAGAGCACUCUGCUAGAUACAGUGUAAGUUGCAAAUAUAGGUUUGUGCCAUAAGAAACUGUCAAUCCAAUGAAGCCCAUACACUUACAAAAUGACCAUAUUGUACAAGGCAGUUUAAAGAGCUAUAUAGGGGCACAAGCAUAAGGCUGGGGGGCAUCCUGAGGAAGGAGCAGUUCAGCUGGUAGGGGGAGUGAGAUCUGUUAGCAACCCCAGUGCACAUCUAUAGCACAGUGGGAAACAGAUUUAUGGUGAAGAUGACAGCAAUAGUAAAUAUGUUUCUGAAUCAUAAAGUUACUUAAAUAGUUUUUAAAAAGUUUUGGUUAAUUAAAAUAUUGGUUAUAUUUCUUUAUAUUCCAAUUCUUUGAAAAUUUGUAAUCUAUACAGAUUAUUGCAUGGCAACUCUAUACUAACCAGAAAUAUUUAUCAGUUGGAAUAUUCUGCCUUCAAACUAUUUUAUAGAACACAUUUUUAAAACUGUAGAUACAUAAUAGUUUUGCAUCCUUUUACAGUGGCAUCUUUUGAUUGUAUGGAAAUGAAAUUUUUAGUUAAUUUUUAGUUAACCAUUGCUUACAUAUUUUUGGAAUAUACCUAAGGAGAUUUUUAAAAUAUCUUCAAUAUUUUUUCCUCAUCUAUAAAAUGAAGAUAAUGAUAAUACUUUGCCUUCAUAGACAUCUCUUCUGUUUUGAAGGCAAAAGGGUGGGCACUCACAUGGAGGUUUUCCUCUUUUACAGGGUUAAAGUCCUGGGAAAUCACCUUUUCUCUCCUAGAACAGAGUCUUGGGUCUGUACUGUGCUUUACAGAUGCAAACAAAAGCAAAAAGCACAGCUUAUUCUGUAGCACGUAUAUAGCAUAAGCUUAUACUUGUAUAAGGCAUUUCUAAUAUGGUAGUCGUUUCCUUCUGCAGAUUUGACUUUCAUCAUUGUGGUAAUCUGCUUUCAGUAUGGAAAUGUUUAAGUAAACUAUGAUUUAUCCACAUGAUGGAAUAUUAUGUAGCCAUUAAAAUAUUUAUAAUGGGAAGUGCUUAUUAUAAAUGGAAAGAACAAAAUACAAAAGUAUUUAUGUAUAAUCCAACUACAUGUGUAAGAAGAUGGCGAAUAAUAAAAGCCCAAGAAGAAAUACCAAAAUGUUAAAUGAAGUAUUGGGAUCAUGUGUGGGUGUUUUUCUUCUUCUUCUUUCUACUUUACUAUCUGGAUCUUCUACUGUAUAUAUGUCUCUACUUGUGUCAUUUGUAAGAAACAAAAUAACUUUAUUUGAGGUGCAGAAUAAAGGUAACUUAAACUCA